GGAGAAUGGAGCCACCUUUGUCUCAGGUAGUCUCUGCCAAGCUGGGCAGAAGUCUGGCAGCUUCAAGAAUGACUCAUGGCUCAAAAGUGAAAUGGGUGGAAUUGUCAGUAAUGUCUUGAGUGCUUCAGCAUGUCAGACCGUCUCAGACAGGCAGCAGCCAGAGCUGCCAACUGCUGGGAUAUCCAGGCAGACCAUAGAGGUAGCUCCUGAGAAUCUUAACCUCAAUACAAACCGUGCUGUUGGAGGAAAAUCAGAAGAUAGUAAGACAAAGACUGAUUCCAUUAAAGAGUCGAGUGUUUCCAGUGAAAGUUCCUGUCCUGAAGGAAAGUCUGUGUUCACUUGUGAGGACUCUGCAAAUUUACUUACAGAUUACCUUUCACCCAUAUUGAAACCUGCCCAGGCAAGGGAGGAUAUAUCUGCAGUUAAAUCCAAAGAGAUCCAAAACGAGAGAAACCUCAAGUCCCAGGCAAGUUCUGGGGAAAAUAUUCUGAAAAUGGCGGAGGUCUCAGGAGAAGAUGCCGAGAAAGGUAAUAAGAAGGUAGGAGAUACCUCCAAGGUGCCUGAGGACACACCCCACGGUGAGAACUGCAGUUUGGGACAACCUAGCAUGAUGGCCGGAUUCCCUGAUUUCAAGGCACAUAUCAGCAAAAUAUUUGAGAAAUCUGUCCUUGGUGCAUUGACUGCCGACCGUCCACAGCUUACACUGCAAGAAAAAGAUAGGUUUGAAUGGAAUCCAAUGGGAAAGGACUCUUUGGAGCAGCUAAGCACAGAGAAGCAUUUACAUCAUGGUCAAGGAGAAGAUUACAUCAUGAUUUCCACUACUCAUGAUGGACAAGGGGUAGACACACAAGGUAAAGAGGAAGAUUUGACUUUAGAGACUGCCUCUUGCCAAACAAACCCAGACAAGUUAACUUGUCAAGAAGGUACAGCCAUAGAAAAGUCACCAGGUUUAGCUCCUCCUACCCUGAAACAGAGCCUGCUAAAGACCAACUUGGAAAAGGAUGGAAUUGCAUCUGGUGUCUUGCAAAAAGAAAAUAAAACAGAAAAGUCUGAAACAGCUGAUGAGAAAUAUAUAGGAUUUACAUUUGAGCAUCAAAAGCUUCAGGGAGAAGGAAAGCAGGGACUGAUUUCAAGCCUCCCUUUCGACAUUUCUGGGCAGAAAAAACCUUCAGAAAACACCACCCUUUCUAAGAGUGAAGAAUAUUAUAUCAUCUCUCAGAUACAUACAGAGGUGCCUUUAUCUCAAGAGGGUCUGACUGCUGCAGGAAGCCAGCAGCAAAAAAUACCCUCCAGCAGAAAGGUGCCCAGAGAUGAUGAGCUCUAUGCUUCUAUUGGCACCAAGGAAGUGGACAACAACCCAGAACUUGGACAUUACCAGGAAAUUUCGUCUCCACCUGGGGACAUUCCAGUCUCUCCUAAUGCAAGCAAUAAGCAGCUCAGUGCUAGCAUGCCAAAGAAUGAAAAGAGGCCCCAAGGUGAUGACAGUUCUCAUGAUGAUUCAAGAACUUUGGAGACCCCAAAAACAGAAAAUGUUAUGGAUUUACCAAACCCCAGUGAGUUAUUAACACACUCUGUGGUUGAUUGCUUCAAACAAGAGUUAGGUUUGCAGGACUUCCAGUUAGGUGUCCUACAAGAACCUGGCCUAGUGUUAGAAAAAGUUCCAAAAGCAAAAAGUGAAGUUUCUUUUACUGAAAUAGAGUCAGAAGCUCACUCUUCUGAGAGCCAGCCCUUAAAAGGCAGCCCUGAAACAGGUACUACAAGAAUGGUAUUUAGCCCAGCUUGUGACUCAGCUCUGCAAAUGAGUCUCUCCAAUCAAGGCCCCGAGGCCCAGUGUGGCUCCUUGAAGGCAGUUCUGGGGAUGGAGGAGAAGGAUGCUUCUCAAUGUUUAGAGAAUGAAGCUGGGAACCAACAGACUGACCAACAUUCUGAGCAUGAAUUCACACCACCUGAAAAUGAGCUCAAGUUACCAGUCUGCUCACCUCCUGAGCCAGAUAAAGGACAAGUCCAGAAACCUCAAGAUGUUAUUUCAGAAGAGGGACUCACAGAAAGAAAGAGUUCCGAGCCUGAUCAUUCUCUUCUCCCUCUGGUACCUGAAAAGGAUGCUCUAGAAAAUCUUACUACUGGUUCAACCAAGUCCAACAAGGAUGACAGAGUAGAAAGUUCUCCUGCAUUAGAUGAUGUUCAUUUGACAGCAUCUGUUGAUCAUCCAUCAGGGCAGCCUAUAGUUGAUUCUUCUCCCUGUGAGGUUACAGUCCCAGAUACUGCAGAGCUGACUGCUUCCAGGACCUCUGGGGUAAUAGCAACCUGUGAGAACAUUGUUCCUGCAUCCUCCGAGGACUUACAUUUGGCUCCCACCCCAGCCAAUGAUGCAGAGUUACCAGCUUCUCAAAGCCAAGAUCUGAAGAAGGACUUUAAGAGGUAUUUUUUCAAGAGUUCGGACUCUGAAGAAGCAUUUGAGACUCCGGAAUCAACAACUCCUGUCAAAGCCCCUCCAGCCCCACCACCUCCACCUCCAGAAAUCGUCACAGAACAAGAAAUCAGACCACAGCCACCUCCAGAAGAUCCAGGGUUGUGUUCUGAGACAGUUUCCAUCACAGAUGUGCCGCAGAGUGAGUCAGUGGAAGGAAGCCCUUUCCGUCCUCCAUCACAUUCCUUCUCUACAGUCUUUGAUGAAGACAAACCAAUAGCCAGCAGCGGGACGUACAACUUGGACUUCGAUAACAUUGAGGUGGUAGAUACUUUGCAGACCUUGGAACCAAGCUCUCCAGAUGCCAAGAAUCGGGACUCCAAAGUGAACGUCCGGAGAAAAUCGACAGAUUCUGUCCCUGUUUCUAAAUCUACCUUAUCCCGCUCUCUCAGUUUGCAAGCUAGUGACUUUGAUGGUGCUGCUGGUGCUUCUCUAGAGAAUAAUGAGGCAGGGGCAGUAGCAGCUGACGCGUACAGCACGGGUACCACAAGUGCUUCCAGUACUCUUAAGAGAACUAAAAAACCCAGACCCCCUUCCUUAAAAAAGAAGCAGACCACCAAAAAACCUACAGAAACAUCACUGGUAAAGGAAACUCAGCAAGACCCAGUGGAGGAGAGUCCUGUUAUCAGCGAGGAAAACCCAGCAUCUGAAACAAAAACUGAAUUAAGUAAGACAGAAGGUUCAGGCCCAGAAGUGCCUGAAGAAAGCCCACUGGAGACUACUGUUGGAUCCAAAGCUACCUAUCCCCUGGACCCUGAUAGUGCCGAGGGGGAUAUUCCACCUAACAUAGGCAGCAGCAAAGUACAGAACUCACCCCCAAUUGGAAAGAAGACUCUGCCUCUGGACACAGCCCCAGAAGCAGUGGAGGUGACCCCAUCUGACACUGGAGGGCAGGAGAACUCCCCAGCCAAAGCCUCUGUAAGGCUGGAGUUUGACUAUUCUGAAGAUAAAGGAAGUUGGGACGACCAACUGGAAAAUCCCCCUCCUCCCAAAAAGAUAGGUAAAAAGCCAGUGGCCAAGAUGCCGCUAAGGAGGCCAAAGACUAAAAAGACAGUGGAAAAACUUGAUAAUGCUCCUGCCUCACCCACUAAGUCCCCUGUUGACCCUAAUGAAAUCCCCAUUUCCAAAGGCUCCUAUACCUUUGAUAUAGAUAAAUGGGACGAUCCCAACUUUAACCCCUUUUCUUCCACUACAAAAAUACAAGAGUCUCCCAAACUGCCCCAACAGACAUACAACUUUGAUGCCGACAUCUGUGAUGACUCCAUAGACCCUUUUAAGACAUCUUCUAAGAUUUCUGGCUCACCUUCUAAGUCCCCAGCUUCUUUUGAGAUCCCAGCCAGUGCUGUUGAGACCAAUGGUGUGGAAGGAGACAACUUAAACAAGCCUGCAAAGAAAAAAAAGACGCCGCUAAAGACGAUGGUAGAAGAUGUGAUGUCUGUAUGUUCUCUGUUUGAUACAUUUAGGGUGAAAAAGUCGCCAAAACGGUCUCCUCUGUCUGAUCCACCUUCACAGGAUCCCACUCCACUGCCUACGCCAGAAACACCCCCAGUGAUCUCUACUGUGGUGCAUGCAACUGAUGAGGAAAAACUAGCAGUGACCAAUCAGAAAUGGACUUGUAUGACAGUGGAGCUAGAUGCAGACAAGCAAGAUUACCCCCAGCCCUCUGACCUGUCAACUUUUGUAAAUGAGACCAAAUUCAAUUCUCCCACAGAGGGUAAGCAAAUUAAUGGCCAUAUGGACCCCAACCCCAACCUGGAAAAACUUGCUCCAAAAGAGCAACAGGCAGUGAAGGACCAUAAAGAAAAUCAGAAGCCAGAGCUGGAUUAUCGAAACUCUUAUGAAAUAGAAUAUAUGGAGAAAAUCGGCUCCAACUUACCUCAUGAUGAUGGAACCCCGAAGAAACAAUCUUUGUAUCUUAUGUUCGAUGCCCCUCAGGAGAGUCCAGUCAAAUCUCCUCCAGUUCGGUUAUCUGAUUCCCCAACUCCAUGUUCAGGGUCAAGUUUUGAAGAAACAGAAGCUCUGGUGAAUGCUGGCAUGAAAAUCCAGCAUCCGGUCUCACGAGUCCUGGUUCCCAAUCAAGAGACACACUUACAGGCUUCAGAGAAAUCAAAUCAGAAAGAGCCCAUGAACUUAGGAACGACUUCAGAUGCUCUCGAAAGAACAGCUCCUGAAGAUUCCUAUGUCUCUGCUGAAGCUCUCCUCAAUAGGAUAUCUCAUCAAACCUCAAUAUGUGAUGCGCUUGAAUAUCUAGAACCUGAUUUAGCAGAAAAGAAUCCCCCAAUAUUUGCUCAGAAACUUCAGGAGGAGUUAGAGUUUGCGGUCAUGAGGAUAGAAGCGCUGAAGCUAGCCAGACAGAUUGCCCUGGCUUCUUUCAGCUCCUUAGACACCAAGAGAGAGGCUGCACUCCCAGCAGAUGUCCCCAUCUCUAAAACUGCCUUGUAUUCUCGCCUUGGGACCUCUGAGUCGGAGAAACCUCCAGCCCUUCUUUAUCAGCAGUCGGAUUUAGAUGCUUCACUGAGAAUCGCUAGAGAAGAGAUUAUCACCAAGGAAAGAGAGGUCUCAGAAUGGAAAGACAAGUAUGAAGAAAGUAGACGAGAAGUGAUGGAAAUGAGGAAAAUAGUGGCAGAGUAUGAAAAGACCAUCGCUCAGAUGAUAGAGGAUGAACAGAGAGAAAAGUCGGUCUCCCAUCAUACUGUCCAGCAGCUGAUUGUGGAGAAGGAGCAAGCCUUGGCUGACCUCAACUCGGUGGAAAAAUCUUUGGCCGAUCUUUUUAGGAGAUAUGAAAAAAUGAAAGAGGUCCUGGAGGGGUUCCGCAAGAAUGAAGAAGUGCUUAAGAAAUGUGCUCAAGAGUAUCUAUCGCGUGUGAAAAAAGAGGAACAGCGGUACCAGGCACUUAAAGUACAUGCAGAGGAAAAACUGGACAGAGCUAAUGCUGAGAUUGCCCAAGUCCGAGGAAAAGCUCAGCAGGAACAAGCAGCCUAUCAGGCCAGCCUUCGGAAAGAGCAGUUGAAAGUAGAUGCUCUAGAAAGAACACUGGAACAAAAGAAUAAAGAAAUAGAAGAACUUACCAAGAUUUGUGAUGAACUGAUUGCCAAAAUGGGAAAAAGCUAACUUUGAACCAAAUUUUUGGACUACACUAUUGAGUGCAAUAUGACCAUUGGCACACUGAUGUCCAUACCUUUAUGUGGACAGGUUAUAUUUUCACUUUUUCGUAUGCACUACUGUAUUUUCUUUCUAAAUAAGGUUGAUUUAAUUGUAUGCAGUUCUCAGAAGACUAUCAGAAGUUCUUGCUAUUGUUUGCAUUUUCAUAGUAUAAUUCAUAGCAAGUUGAUCUCAGAGUUCCUGUAUCAGGGAGAUUGUCAAAUUCUCUAAUAAAUGACAAAUUGCUGAUCCUAGCUUAUCCCUUUGUACAUGAGUUCCCAUGUUGGGUGUCUUUUGGAUUUAAUAUGAACACGUAUAACUUUGCAUGGGGACUCUUGCCUUAAGGAGUGUAAACUUGAUCCGCAUUUGCUGAUUUGUUUAAAAAAAAGAAAAGAAAAAGAAAAAUGCAUGUUUCAAAUAAAAUUCUCUAUUGUAAAUAAAUUUUUUUCUUUGAAACUUCGAAACAAGUGUGGCUAUGUUUUAUCCUCUAUGAAGACAUUUUCUUUCAAGCCCCCUUCUUCCUUUUGAUAUCCUGAAAAAAAUCUAGUAGAAAAGAGGUAGAUUACUCUUUUUUAAAGGAAGAAGAGUAGACUAGAUUUCAAAAGUUCUUUCAGGCUUCUUAGGAUGUAAGGAUGGAGUUCUUUUCUUUGAUUUAGUAUUCAUUUGUCUAUCUGUAACUUAAGAGGUAUCCCUUGGAAGAUAUGAGAAGUUCUCAUACAUUAUCUAUAACGUGAAGCUACUGGAAAAUGCCGAAUUCCUGAAUUAAUCAAAAUGGUUUAGAUCUUGAUAAGAAAAAAACUUUUGGUUUUUAAAAUCUAAUUUCUCUUUUAUUUAUUGAAAAAAGAAAAAAAAAGACUGCCCUUCCUCUAAACAAUUUCCUUAAUUAAUAAACAUUGUAGUAAUAAUAAUAACUAACAUUUAUACAGUGCCUACUCUGUGCCAGACAUUGUACUAAGUGCUUUACAAACAUUAUCUCAUUGUAUCCUCACAAUACUCCUAAGAAGUGGGUGCUAUUGUUAUCCUCAUUUUACAGAUGAGGAAACUGAAGCAAAUAGUUAAAUGACUUGCCCAGGAUCAUAUAGCUCGUAAAUAUCUGGGCUCAGAUUUGAACUCAGGUCUACCUGACUCCGGGUUUAGCACUUUAUCUACUGUAUUACUCCUAGACGUAUUAUAAAAUGCUUUGCAAAUUUUAAGGCACUCUUUGAAUGUCAGUUAUUAUCAGUAUUAUUACUUAAAUUCAAAUUAAUCUGUGAUCUCAAUAAUGUGGGUAAUCCCUCUAAUAAAGUAGAUCGCAGCUCAUCAAUAUCUUUUCAUGACACUUUCGGUCAUUUUUAACAUGGAUUUUAGCUUAAUGAAUUAAAUUUUUAAUUUUCACAGUGCUAAAACAUUUUUUGUACUUUUAAUGUUGAUUUUAUUUUAAUUAUUUUUAACAAUAUUAAAACAUUGUUGGUUUAUUUAAUUUAACAUUGAAAUAUUAGAAAAGAACUUCCAGUUCUCCAUUCAAAACAGAUAUUUUAACUGCCCAUGAGAUGUUUGUCAUUAUACUCUUUUAAUUGUUCCUGCUUCAAAAUUAUGAAUCACCAAAUUAGAAGGUGGUGAUUAAACUUUUACUUGAGUAAGGGUAGAAGUAACAGGAAAUGGACUAGUUGGGGAAGGAUGGAGUAUAAUAACUAGAAACUUUCUUUGAUCCUCCAGUUAUCAGGGUUCUCUCUCUUCAGUUCACUUUGUUUUUAUUCAUUCAGAUAGAUUGUGAGCUCCCAGUGGGCAAGAACUGUCUUAUUUUUUUUCUUUGUAUCUUAGCAUCUACCACAGUGCCUUGGACAUACUGUAGGUGCUUUAACAAAUGUUUGUUGGAUUAAAUUGGCUUGAAUUCAGUUGAAGUGAACUGGAAUUGAAUUGAAUUGAAAGAAUUGAAAUCAGAGGCAUUUCCAGCCCAACCUGUGGUCUUCAGGGUUGCCUUCUCUCACCAAUGGAAGCAGCAGAACGUUGACCAGUUGUUUUCCUAUUUAUUAGCUCAUCUGUCUCUUCAAGAGGAAAGGUCAGUCGUAUUGUUGACUCAGGUAGAAUCUGUUCCCCUGAUCCAGAGAGUGGACAAUGUCAGCCUCCCUGACUCUCUCUCUUUUGCCAGAGUGAAGUAAAGAUCUGACCUGUUGAAUGCAUCGAGUUGUACAGCUGGUUGGUACCUCAAAAAGAAAAAAAAUCCCUGAUGUUCCAAGGCAGUAUGGUGCCAUCCAUGAGUGCUGGACUUGCAACUGGGAGACAUCAGUUCUGACCCGUGCUUUGCGACCCCAAGUCUAAGGUUUUGCCGCCUUUAAAACUUGCUCUACCUACCUCACAGGGUUGUUGUGAGGAAAGUGUUUUAUAAAACUUAAAAGUCUGUAGAAAAGCCA